ACAAGGUACAGGAAGAAACGACAAGACAGCCAAUGGUCGAGUGGAGGAUGAUGAACCCAGCACUCAAGCAGCACUACACAGACUGGCAGAUCUGCUUACUGAGCGACACAAUGGUAGUAGGCUUCCCGUGCUGGAACCAGGCACCUUCAGUGGCAACAUUGAGGAGUUUCCAAUGUGGCUGAAGUCUUUUGAAACCUAUAUUGAACAUCAGACAUCCUCUCCCAUCGAACGCCUUCACUUUCUAGGAAAGUACACAGCGGGUGAAGCCAAGACAGCCAUCCUGGGCCUGCUCCACCUGAGGACAGAUGAGGCUUACUCGCAGGCGAAGGCGAGACUGAAUGACAGGUUCGGAAACGACUUCAUCAUAUCCAACACGUAUCGCAUGAAGUUGAGGAGCUGGCCCGCAAUCAAAAAUGAAGAUGGUCGUGCUCUCAGAGACUAUGCUGAUUUCCUCGAGCACUGCCAAGCGGCAGCUGCGGGUCCUCUUCGCCACCUAGGAAUCCUGGAUGACUACCUGGAAAUUCAGAUGAUGGUGAAGAAGCUGCCCAAGUACCUGGUGGACAGAUGGAAGAGGGAGGUGGACAAGUGGCUCUACGAUGAAAGGGGCGUUGCUAAAAGGAGACAUCCACCGUUCUCAGAGUUUGUCCGUUUUGUCGGCAUCGAAGCCAGGAUUGCUUGCGGACCAGUGGAUGUACCCAAGUGUGAAGAAACGCGACAAGCCCCACAGAAGACACAGAGUAAGGCCAGGACUUUCAUGUCCACAACGGGUGUGAAGAGGGCCAAUGGAGGAACUCAAGUGGACACAAGGAAGCCUUCAACAUGCGAACUGUGUCAACACCAGCACAAGAUAAGCGACUGCGACACCUUCAAAAGGAUGACUGGAACUGAACGGAACAGCAAGGUCAACGAGCUGGGACUGUGUCGAGGCUGCUUAAGAAGAGGACACAGGUGGAGGGAAUGCCGCUCAAGAUGCAAGUGUGAUGAGUGUGGCAGGUGGCACCCUACGAUUCUGCAUGAUGAGUCACUUCUCAAGAAAGCUGAGGUUCAGCCUGAAGGCCAACGGAGGACGUCCCACGCGGCACCGCAGGCGACUUCAUUCUGCUCGGGCUCUGUGUCAGAUGCUGAAGGAGGAGGCUGCUGUCACUCACUGGUGGUGCCAGUGCUACUGAGUCAUGUUGACAACCCGGAACACAGCGUGCUGGUGUAUGCUGUACUGGACGCUCAGUCUGAUGCCUGUUUUGCUUCAGAGCCUGUUUGUGAAGCCCUGAAAGUCGACGGAAGAGCCACGAAACUGGAGCUGAGCACUAUGACGGGGAAGUCGGUCAUCAGCAGCCGAGCGGUACAGGGUCUGGUGAUCCAGCCCCUGACAGCAGAUGAAGCCAUCAGACUGCCAUCAACCUACACUCGUCCUGAAAUCCCAUGCUCCAAGAAGGUCGUUCCUAAAAGGGAGACAGCCAUGAAUUGGAAGCAUCUGGAGAGAGUAGCCAGUAAAAUGCCGGAGUUCUUCCCUGGCGCACCAGUGGCUCUGCUUUUGGGGACCAACUGUUCACGCGCCAUCAAGCCACUGGACGUGGUUUCUGGUAAGGACGACGAGCCCUGGGCGAUCCGAACCCACCUGGGGUGGGGCAUCGUUGGCUGUCUCGGUGGGAGCAACGACCCGGACGCGACGUGUCAUCUGGUGGACACUAGCGAUGGUCACCCCAAACGUUGUCAUUUCGCCUUCAGAUCACAGGUGCGCGAGGUGAGCCCACUGGAGGUGCUGAAGGUGCUCGAAUCCGACUUCCAGGAGACUGGCCGAGAGGAUAAGACAGCUUUAUCGAUCCAGGAUCAACAGUUUGUGAAGAAGAUGAGUGAGGGACUCGAGCACCGCGAGGAUGGCCAUUUUCAGAUGCCGCUGCCACUGAAGAAUGACAAAGUGUCCAUGCCAAACAACAAGACAGUCGCCAUGCAAAGGCUCAAAGGACUGAAGGCGAAGCUGGUGAGAAACGAGGCCUACAGACACGACUACACCGGCUUCAUGGCGGCGACGUUAGAGAAGGGCUACGCAGAGAAAGUCCCCAGUGAAGAACUGGAGCUGGAUGAUGGCAGGGUUUGGUACAUUCCGCAUCACGGGGUGUACCACCCACAAAAGAACAAGAUUCGAAUCGUAUUUGACUGCAGUGCAGAGUUUCGGGGUCACGUGCUAAACAGCCACCUCUUACAGGGACCGGACCUCACAAACAGCCUCACCGGAAUCCUGUGCCGUUUCCGUAAGGAGCCUGUGGCGGUUUCCUGCGACUUGGAGGCGAUGUUCAACCAAGUGGGAGUCGACGUCAGGGAUCGCAACUUGCUCAGGUUCCUGUGGUGGGAGGAUGGCGAUUUGAAAAGAGACCCAACUGAGUACCGGAUGAAGACUCACCUAUUCGGUGCCACCUCGUCACCCGCGUGUGCAAUGUUUGCACUCAGAGCUGCUGCUGAUUGUCGGCGAGGUGACACUGAAAGAGAGGCCGCCGACUUUAUGAAAGGUGAUUUCUAUAUUGACGACGGUCUUAUCUCUGUACCAGACGCCGAGACAGCGGUCAAACUGAUUGACACGACCAGAAAGCUCUGCGCACGUGGAGGCUUCACUGUUCACAAGAUCCUCUCGAACAGCAUUGAUGUCGUGAAGUCGGUGCCGAUGGAGAGUCGCUGCGCUGGACUUCGGAGUCUAGAUGUCGGUUCCGGUGAUCUUCCCGUUGAGCGGACUCUGGGAAUCGACUGGGACACGGACACCGACAUGUUAUCCAUCCACGUCACGCCGAGAGUCAGAGAAGUGACCAGAAGAGGAAUACUAUCAGUAGUAAGUUCGUUUUUUGAUCCACUGGGCCUGGUGUCUCCUUUCAUCUUGAGAGGGAAAUUGCUACUGAGGGAGCUGUGUCGUGAGGGCUGCGGAUGGGACGAUCCCGUGCCCAGCGAUGUGGCUGACGCAUGGAAGGAGUGGAUGGAGAGUAUGUUGGCUCUGAAGAUCGUGAGUGUUCCACGAUGCUAUGUGGAAGGUGGGCUGCAGGACAAGAUGACUGUAGAGCUGCAUCAUUUCUCCGACGCCAGCGCUGUGGGCUACGGGCAGUGCAGUUACGUGAGGACGGUUGACCAAAAUGGACUGGUCAACUGUUCACUGAUCAUCAGCAAGGCUCGUGUGGCACCAACCAAGCCGGUUACGGUGCCAAGGCUCGAGUUGACCGCUGCCGUACUCUCUGUGAGGAUGAGCAAGUUCCUCCAGGACGAACUGAAGCUGCAGCACCUACAAGAGUUCUACUGGACAGACAGUAAGGUGGUGUUAGGCUAUAUUUCGAACGAAGCGAGACGUUUUCACGUUUAUGUCGCGAAUCGAGUUCAGGAAAUUCGCAACCAUACUGAGCCAAGUCAGUGGAGGCACGUGACAAGUGAGGAGAAUCCAGCCGAUCUUGCCUCCCGAGGCAUCAGAGCCGAGGAACUGGUGGACAGUGCCUUGUGGUGGCACGGACCUGCCUUCCUGUCCCGUGCGGUCCUGCCGGAGGGCGAGGGACCACGGGAGGUUGGAGACGAAGAUCCUGAGGUGAAGUCACGCUCUGCUUUCAGCUUCGCCACAGCAGCGCGGGAGGAGUUCGCUGGAAUUCCGAAGAGGCUCGAGUGCUUCUCUAGCUGGUGGCGAGCCAAGCGAGCAGUAGCGACGUGCGUCCUGUACGUGAGGAAACUUCACCACCUCGUGAUGAUGAAGAGGAGUGCCGUGCAGUCACGAGAUGUUCCCAAAACGCAAGUCGGAGUAGAAGAACUGGAAGAAGCAGAGAGGAUCAUUCUGACAGCAUUGCAGCGACAGGAGCUGCCAGGUGAAGUCGACCGCGCUGGACGAUCGGGACAGGCAAGGACGGUGGGAGCCGGCCGGCGGACCGCCACGGUUCCCAAAGAGUUGUCUCGUCUCGAUCCAGUUGUGCGAGACGGGUUGAUCUGUGUUGGUGGGAGGCUUCGCAGGAGCGGUUUUCCAGAGAGUGAGGUGCACCCUGUUAUCAUCCCCAACCGAAGCCAUGUGACGUAUCUGAUCGUCAAGGAGUGCCAUGAGAAAGUCGGACAUGCUGGGCGAGGUCUCACUCUCGCUCGACUGAGGUCAUCUGGCUACUGGGUCGUCGGAGGGAGACGAUCGGUGGCACGCCUGAUUCUGAAGUGUGUCAACUGCAAGAAGCUCCGUGGCCACGUUCUGAAUCAGAAGAUGGCCGACCUGCCGCAUGACAGACUGGAACCUGCGGCGCCUUUCACCUAUUCAGGCGUGGACUUGUUUGGUCCAUUCCUGGUACAGGAGCGACGGAGUGAAGUGAAAAGGUGGGGCGUUCUCUUCACGUGCAUGUCGUCUCGGGCAGUGCAUAUCGAGACGGCAAACUCACUGUCGACGGACUCUUUUCUUAACGCCUACAGACGGUUUGUGAGCCGAAGAGGCCCGGUGAGGGUGCUGCGAAGUGACAGAGGCACAAACUUCGUGGGCGGGAAGAGAGCCUUAGAGCAGGCUUUGGACGAGAUGGACGACGACAGGAUACGCAGAGAGCUGGUGAAGGAGAACUGCGACUGGGUCAUCUUUCGGAUGAAUGUCCCAACAGCCAGCCACGCAGGAGGCGUCUGGGAGCGUAUGAUUCGCUCCGCUCGGGCUGUCUUGGGCGGUCUCGUUCAGGAAUGUCACGGGGCUCGGCUGGAUGACGAGCUCCUGCGAACGCUGCUCUGCGAAGUGGAAGCUAUCGUUAAUAGCAGGCCUCUCACAUCCUUCAACAUGACUCCCGAUGAACCCCACCCAAUCUCACCCAUGACUCUACUAACACAGAAAUGUAAUGUAGUGCUUUCGCCGCCUGGUGCCUUUCAGAGGACUGACGUCUACUGCCGUCGUCGCUGGCGACGCGUCCAGUACCUGGCAAACCGGUUCUGGCAACGAUGGCGCUCCGAGUUCCUCCCGAGUCUCCAGGAAAGGAGGAAAUGGGCGACAGCGCACGAGAACAUCGAACUAGACAGCGUCGUGCUCGUUGUCGACGACAACUCUCCCCGCUGCAAGUGGAUGCUGGGGCGCGUCACGCGGCUUCAUCCGUCCGACGACGGAUUCGUCCGGCGGGUCGCCGUACGCACGAAAGACGGAACAUAUGAUCGACCGAUACAGAAGCUGGUGCGGCUCCUCCCGUAGGCGCCGACUUCGGUGGCGCUCGGCGGAGCUGGGCCGCGCGCUGCUGGUGGCUCCGGCGGCGCUCUGCGGGGCCGGGCCGCGCGCUGGUGGUGGCUUCGGCGGUGCUUGAGCAGAGUUGGCGGCUGCAGCCAUCUACGGCGCUCAGUGGGGGCUGAACUGUGUGCAGCUGUCAGGCUGAGCUGUGUAGCUGCUGCGUAGCCUGGACUGCUGCGUAGCCUAGACUACUGCUGCGACCCUGAGCGUUGCGCGUGGGGCUGUCUGUGGCUCUGCCAGUGACGACAGUGGCUCAUUUGAUGAUAGUGGCUCAGACGUUGAAAGUUUAACUGAGACAUGCAGUUAUGCAGUGCCUCAGAGCGUGCGACAUAAACAGUUAACAGCCACCGACAGUGUGGUGGUUGUUGGUGCGUUGUGAACUGAGGAGAGUGGCACGUCAGCCGACGAGUGAGCUGACUAGUGUGUGUUGGCGCUACGUAUCGUGAGCGGCUGCCGAGUGACGCUUAGUGAUGGACGACGGGCAACUCCCGUGACGUAAGAUGAUUUCAGUUUGCCACCAUCUUUACCGUCGUCGGUCGUGUGGCGCAGGAUGGUUGCGCUCCGCGGUCGUGUUGCGCAAAUGUGGACUGUCUUGUUAUAGAAUCGUGACCGAUUGGUGGGAGUGUAACCGCCGCCCAGAGGUCAUUGGGCAGCGAUGUUUUCUUUUCCCCAAUUUGCCGCCUCCAAUUAAUAGAACCUUGAACAGGGCGUGGCACGCGGUGAAGCGUGGCCAUUGACACGUACGAUUGUGAUACUGGGACGUCAGAUCCCACAAAAGUAAGAUUAUUGUCCAUUGAUAAUUGAUUAAUGUUUUACGUACAAUAUAGCGGCACCUAGUAGAA